CUGCUUCUUCUGCGCUUGUAUGAGCUCCAGCUUCCUGGCGCGCUCCCGCUCAGCACAGCGGUUUUUAUUAGAGACGCUUGUGAUCUGGGCGGGUUCCUCCUGUCCAAGCUGUCCAUGGACGGGCUCGUUGGGGUCCUCAGCCGCCUCAGCUUCGCUAGGCGGCUCCAGCUGCUCAGGAUCCUCCGCUUCGUCCCCUGCUUCCAACGGCGUCGCAGGACUGGGGGAAUGGGCGACUUGUCGGAGGCGCUUGAACGGCCGCGCUAAGCUGGACGCAGCAGCACGCUUUGUCGACGGUGGUGGGGAAUCGCGGGGCUGCUGCGCUGAAGGGGGUUCCUGCUAGAAGUCAUCGCUUGGGCUGCUGGCAAGAUCCUGCGCUGCAGAGACCAGCUGGGCCCAAGCAUUGGCAGGCAGCGCGUCCUUGGCGAGCGUCUCCUUCAGCAGCCAGAUCGCCGACAGGACAGAGUGGGCAACCAAGACAGGCUUGCAGACACUCGUCUUGUUUAGAAUCAGCCAGCCUGCGCUGUGCGGGCGGAAUAGAGCAUCACGCUGCGAGUCUGAGACAGUCGCCUUGCUCCAAAACAGCUUUUAGUAGUCCAGGUUCAGCGGGUUGUAUGCGAGCCUGUGGGCAAAGCUCGACUCGCUGGCUAGCGGGAAGCUCCGGGGCCCGCCAUCGAAUUGCUCAGCGGCAUCUUCCAGCGCGGA